AUGACUGUCAAGCAGGAUACCGACGCGUCAGCCAGCACCAUGCUGGCUGACCCCUCUUUACUGGAGAAAAUCGACAAGUUAUUUGCUUGCAAUGUGGGAGAGCACAUCAAUUUACCACAGUUGGUCGUGGUUGGAGACCAGUCAAGCGGGAAAAGCUCUGUACUAGAAGUGGAUUGUGUACCCGAUUUGCGACGCAGAUUAGAUUUCGAUGUCGACACCAUGGUCCCGAGUGCUGGAUUCGUGCUCUCUCCCUCUACCCAUCCUGAAGCGUCCCCGGAGGAGUCGGAAAAUUCGAAACCAUAUGCGACAGUCCAACUCAAAGCUGCAUUCAAACGAUGGCACAACGCCGUUACCUUGGAUUGCAUUGAAGACCAAUUCGCCGCACCUGCAAAACCAGUGUCAUACCCCAUUACGAUGGCCUAG